AUGUUAAAGACAGACAGACGGACAGACAGCUGCUAUAAAAGCAGACAUCCAAGUCUGCACUCGGCAAAAGACGAGGACACGCUGAAGAGUACAAACUGUGACAAGCAACCUCCAUCUUCCCUACAGAUGCACUUGUGCGGCUCACUGCUCAUCAUCUGUCUGCUGUCCGUCCACGUGCCCGAACACAACGCACGGGAACAGAAUGCAGAUGACGAAGUCUCGAUGAGGUCCGUGCCCGCCAUCGCACCCCCGGACGGCAGUAAGAUGCUGCGGCCAGGUCGUAGAGUGAAGGCCGAGAACGACGUCACGGAGGUCAAGAGGAAAACGGGCUUCGUCGGGAGUGCGUCGCCGCUGGAUCGUCUUUCCCCUGGCGCCUUCAACACGAAACAUGCAUCCAACAGGGAGAGAGUGAUUGCGUUGCCACGGCCACGUGUCAGCCUUCCUCCUCUGGACAGGAUUAGAAUGAGACACUUGCCAAACAGAAGAGGCUAA